AUGCCCGGUAAUAACUUAGCGAUACUCACGCAUACCAUCAACUCGAAUAUCGUUCAACUUUUUACGCUGCUGAAGAAGGACAAUAGGGAUGUGCAGAUGGUGUACUACCAGGCGGGGAUUGGGACCUAUACGUCUCCCAACAUUGCGACUCCCCUCAUGGCAAAGGUGUCCAAGACUCUCGACGAAAUGGUUGCCUGGAAUUUGGAUAGGCACGUCAUGGACGGAUAUGAAUUUUUGAUGCAGAACUACAAAGCGGGCGAUCGCAUCUGUAUCUUUGGAUUCUCUCGUGGUGCCUAUACCGCUAGAGCACUAGCAGGCAUGAUUCACAAGGUGGGAUUACUUCCUGCGUGCAAUCAUCAGCAGGUCCCGUUUGCAUACAAAAUGUUUAAACGGGCGGACGAGACGGGUUGGCAGCAGUCCAAUGCCUUUAAGAAGGCCUUCUCAGUCGACGUGGAUAUUGAAUUCAUCGGCGUUUGGGACACUGUGAAUUCGGUGGGCUUGAUCCCUCGAAGGCUGCCAUUCACUACCUCAAACACCAUUGUUCGCACGUUCCGGCACGCAGUCGCGUUGGAUGAGCGCCGAGCCAAAUUCAAGCCGAACCUCUGGAAUCGCCCAAACCCCAAGGAACAGACGCUCAGCGCGUCUGACCGCAACCGCAAGGCGCACAAAAAGCACGCUAACUCUACAACCCCGCGCCUGAAAGCCCUUGAAAGGAAAUAUACGAAGGACCAUAGUAGACAAACUGACGUGGAGGAGCACUCUCUUGCGCGGAUUCCUUUGCGCUGGAUGAUUCGCGAGUGCUUCAAGACCCACACCGGGAUCAUGUUCGACUGCGAAGGUCUCCAGGCCCUUGGCCUUGAUCCUGGUGCAUUGUAUCCGGAAGUCCUUCCGCGCCCUCCGAUGGCGCCUCCCACUGGUACCUUGCGCAUCCAGGACAUCCCCAAACCGAUCUCUGGGGCACCCGACGAAGCUCAUCUGCCUAACUUCGCUGAUGUUGGCGGCUACUCGUCUGCUCUCUAUAAAUCCGAGGAAGACCAUGAUGUGCUCGACUUGCUGUCCCCCGUGUACGACCAGCUGUCUCUUGCCCCGUACUGGUGGCUACUCGAAGUUUUGCCCAUGAAGCAGCGAUACCAGAAGGGGGAUAAUUCGUGGGGGUCGUAUGUAGGCUUCAACUUGGGCGGCGGGAGGUUCAUUCCGAAGCAAAAGAAGCGCGGUGUCAAGAUACACCGGAGUGUGAAGAUGAGAAUGGAGGCGUUGCAUUCGAACGGUGCCAAGUAUGUCCCGCGAGCGUCAUUCGAGAAGGCACCAGCAGCUGGAACGGUUCAGUGGGUAGACUAG